AGCGAGUGGAAAAUAAGGACGCGCUACUUCCUGUACAACAUCUUAUCCGAUGAACUUGAUUAUGGCAUCUUAUCUCUCUGCAGACAGUCGGACUCGGAGUAACUGUAAGUACGUAGUUGCCACAGUCGCAGUAACUGUAAGUAGUUGUUGCUUUGUCGUCUUGGUCUUACUCUUACUGUGUUCAAGAAUGUGAAUGUUUCUUUUUCUUUUAGGGAUACAAACAUGUUUUACAACUACUUCCCCAUUAUUAAGAUUAUGCCUGGCCAUGAUGUUGGUUUUGUUUUCUCGAGUUGUACAGAUAAUGUGCUACAUCCUUCUAAUGUCCGGAAUUGGAAUCCCGCACGGGAACUCUAGAGCCUCUGCUAGAUCUGGUUGACUUUCUAGUCGAAAAGAAAUACGGAGAGGGGACGACACUCCCGGAUGAACAAUUUAUCAGGGAUGUAGACGCGAUUGCGAAGCCUUAUUAUACUCGUGGAAAAUAGGUAGAGGCUGUAACUGCUCUGGGAGGCUUUUGGAAUGUUUUUUCGCUGAUCUUCUAUUCGUGAUGGAGGUUCAGCAUUUAUUUCUAUGGUUUGCAUUCUAAUUCACGACGAUCAUCAAUCAUCGUUUCUUUUUCUUUUGGCGCUGCUUCAUAUACGAUCACACCCUGACGCUCAACAUACUAUUUUUUUUUAUUCCCAUAGUUGCAUUUUUGUUCAACCGUAUUUUCCCGCGAAUGUUGUUGCAUUCGGAUUCAACUGCGGUCCUGAGGAGAAAAAACCAUUUCGACUAGGUAGGUAUUCCGAAACGACCGAUGUCACCACCAUCGCCAUGUUUUGUCCCGUUUGUUCCCCACAAGACAAA